GACGCCUGCUGUGUAAUGUUUGUUAGCUUUUAAAAACAUGGUAAACGUCACAAAAGGAGUUCUUGUCGAGUGCGAUCCUGCUAUGAAACAAUUUCUUUUGCAUUUGGAUGAUUCAAACGCUCUUGGAAAAGGGCAUAAGUUUAUACUUCAGGACUUGGACGAGACACAUCUUUUUAUAGCUGUUGACGUAAUACAACAAAUACAAGAGAGAAUUGAUGAACUUAUGGACAGAAACUCAUUUGCUCCUGGUCAAGUAGCUGCAUAAUUUUUCGCUCACAUAUAAAGAAUAAUAUACUUACCCAACUAGUUGUUUUUUUUAACAAAACCGUUCAUUGACACCUAUUUCGUGAAAUACUGCUUAUUUAUAACAUUUACCGCUGCUUCUACCAUUCAUUGUUUUUUUUCUAUUAAAAGCAAGGAAACAUGGAUUUUAAAAAAGAAACAUUUGCUGUUGAAUCAUCAAUGCAUGAAGACAGUGACUCAGAUUUCAUGGGAAGUGAACUCGAGUUUCAACUUUACAGUCAGAUUCAUUAUCACCAAGAACCUGUGAUUCCAGAAGUUACAGGAACGGAAAAAUUACCUGCUUCCUCAAAUAGAACUGGAACGAAUCAUUUCGAUCAAAUUUUGGAACAAAAAGGGGGAGAGGAUCAUUUAAGUAAAUUUUUAACACAAAAAAGUUUGGCUUUUUACUAUGAGUUUGAUAAUCAGUGUUCAUCAAGUAAUGAGCGUGAUGUGAGGGAACAGAAGUUUUCACAUCUGGUUGAUGAUAAUAGUGACUCGGAUAUAAGUGAUCUGGAAAAAUGGGAAAUACUUGAUGAUGUGAAAGAUUCCAAUGAAGAGAAUACUAUUCACAUACAUGUUUCAGAGGAUGCAGUUACUAGUGAUGAUUCUAAAGCUUGUUGGAAGAUUUGCAAAGAGGACAUACUAGCUGGACUGAAUAAAUAUCGAGAUACAAGAAGGUACUUUGGUGAUUCUAAUGUUCGGUGCAAAAAUUGUGACCUGACUGGUCACAUUGCCAAUGAAUGCUCUAAACCAAAGAAAGUAAAGCCGUGUUUUCAGUGUGGGAUAAAAGGACACAUGGCAAAGUUUUGUCCCAAGCAUAUUCCUGUCUCUCGUCGACAUUUAAGUUUUAGCUGCAAUCGAUGUGAGCAAAUGGGUCACAUACAGUCUGAGUGUCCUGAUUUGUGGCGCCAAUAUCAUAAGACAACUAAAGCUGGUUCCUUAGUCACCUCAUCCUUGCCACUACCCAUGAGCAAGAAGAAAUGCUGCUACAACUGUGGAAAGCGUGGACAUUUUGGCUUUGAUUGUAAGAAAUCAAGAAGUCAGACAUUUGCUGCUGUUACACAGCCCACUGUAUUUAGGUAUGAUCAUUGGAUUUGGAUUGAACAUGCGAAAAAAUCAUCUGGAAAAAGUAGUAAACGACCCAUGGUUAAAACAAAAGAUAAAACACAAAUUAACAAAAACGUCCAGGUAACUAGAACUGUUCAUUUUAACCUUGCCAAGGAAGCUUUGACGGUGAAAAGAAAUGAUGGCGUAAACAAUAAAAAAAGGAAAAAAGAAACCAAAAAGAAUAUCAAAUUUAAAAAAGAAAAAGAUUUGGGUGAUUAUUCAGGGAAAAAAUCUAAGAAACCAAAAAAAUCUUUAAAACGCAAAGCAGUGAAUUUCAAGGAUGAAAAUUUUAAACAAAACAAGAAGUUCAAGUUAAAUAAGAAAUUGGGGAAAAAAAUCAAAAGCUGAUCAUAAUUUUAACUUCAGAAACAGAACUGCUACCUAGUAAAUACUAAAUACAAGACUUAGUUAAUUAUCUUUUGUUGAUCUUACAGCUUGCUUUAGUCUUACCACCUUACUGCUAAUGUUUAAAUAGCAAGCAGUGCAUAUUGUAUUGUUGUAAAACUAAAUAGUGUCUCAACUCAAUAGUCUAAUUUUUAAGUGCUGCUGAGCUAUUGUUUAUGUCACUUGUGUCUUGUUUACAUAAUGUGUUUGUUUUACCAUUUUAUUCUUCUUUUGGUGGUCGGUUAUUGCAUUUCACAUGUUCUGAAUUGAAGUGAUUCAUAAUUUGGUUAUCGUCAAUUCAUUUAUGAACUAAAACUCCCAAAAAGACGGCUAUGUGUGUUUUAAUGUAAUUGUGUUUUUGUUUUACACCA